AGUCCCAAAUGAUGAAACACUACGGAGACUCGAUAUUUGUAGCUGAAGGUGAGGGGAUACAUGACAUUGUGACUUUCCAUGAAAAGACUGGACGAAUCCUUCGAAGUUACUUCAGCAUGCCGAAUGAAGAUGAUGAGGAAGCCCAGAAGAGAGCCAUAACAGAAACUGCCGCUAGACUCCUCAAAAGUGAUAUCAAAGCUAUGACUAUGCCUGUGAAUGACGAGUAUCCAAAUGCUUCAGAACUAAAACUAGAGCCUGCCUUGCAAUAUGUACCAGAAAGUUUGCGGUCUAUGCUUCAGCACCUUUUCGUUGGAAAGGACACUUGUAGAAAAGUGGCAAGUAUUGGCCAGUCCAUCGUUCAAACAGUUCGUCCAAGGAUUACCAUAUCACCUUUACACAUUGGGCUCGCAGUGCAGGUGCACCAUAUAUUCAGAUCUCAAUUCCUGAUAGACAGUUUGUCUACUAUGGGGUUUUGCUCUUCAUACUCUGAAGUGCAAAGGUUUGAGGAGAAUGCCGCUUGUUCAGUUGCACCCGAUGUCUUAGGUGGAGAUUACGAUGAUAUGAUGUUGUUAUUUGCGGCAGAUAACGUCGAUCACAACAUAGUUACCCUAGAUGGAAAAGGCACUUUCCAUGGAAUGGGGAUGAUUGUAGCCACAACACCAGGAAACCAAGUUAAUCACACGAUUCAAAGGCAUUAAGAAAUACCGUUGGGCAAAAAACAUCCGUUGCAAUGUUGAAUUUCAGCCUUUGCCAUUUCUAAGUGCAUUUGAUCAUAACAUUGAUCUAUUGUGCGAGAUGUCCAUUCGAUUCAGGCAAACUUCACCCAAUUGGCAGGGAAUGAUGCAUCUGUUACACAAGGAAUGUGUUCAUCCUGGCCAGUCUUCCAUAGUCUUCCUACCAACGAUUGGCUUGUACUUUGCAGACAAGACAUGUAUCUUCUCUACACUUGAGUACAUAUGCAAGCUCGCUGGUAAACACAACGUCCCACCAAUCAUUACGUUCGACCAGCUGCUGUUUUGGAAAGCUUCAGAGAUUAUAAACGAGGUAUCAGACAACAGUCCACUAAGAGAUGUUGUGUUGUUAUUAGGGAGCUUCCAUACAUUCAUGAAUCUUUUUGGGCCAUAGGAACACUGAUGGAUGGGAGUGGUCUGAGAGACAUCAUGGAGACAAUAUACGGUGGAAACGCAGUAAAACGAGACAAACAAACAGACUAUGAUUGAUCUCAUUGCUGGCUGAUUACGGCACAAAGGCUGUGAUGUCAUCCAGGCUGAGGGAGAUGCAGACGUGGAUAUAGUGCAAGCAGCCAUUUCUAUGUCUUCCUACAAGUCUACAACUCUCAUCGGGGAAGACACAGACUUGUUGAUCCUCCUCCUGUAUCAUGCAAAGGUUAAGGAUUGCAAGGAUAUCUACUUUCGCUCAGACAUAUCCACGCCAUAUGUUUAUAACAUUGGGGUUCUAAAACAACUACUAAGUGAUAGAGUAUGUGUUGAUCUUCUGUUUACCCAUGCAUUUACCGGAUGUGAUACAACGUCCAGGAUAUUUGGGAUUGGAAAAAAACCCUGUUUCCAAAGGAACAUCAAGGAUGAUUCGGUCUUACGUAGUUGCUCAACAGUCAUUUGUUCACCCAAGAAUGACAAAGUUGCUGUGGAAAAUGCUGGCUCCAGGGCAAUGAUUUCAUUGUUCGGUGGCAAUCAAAGUGACUCCCUGGAAUCCAUGAGGUAUAGUUUACUUUGUAAGAAGGUUGCAACAGCUAAGACCUUCGUCACACCAGAACGACUUCCUCCAACGGCUUCAGCCACGAAAUUUCACUCUCUGAGGACGCACUAUCAAAUUAUGGUGUGGAUGGGCACUAGUGAGGGUAUGGACCCGACUGAAUGGGGUUGGGAUGUUCAUUGCGAAAGAUUAGUUCCGAUUAUGAUGGAUAAAAGUCCUGCUCCUGACAUUCUACUUCAGAUGAUCCACUGCAACUGUUCAGCUGGUUGUAACACGCUCAGAUGCAGCUGUAGAAAGCAUGGAAUGGAUUUUACAAGUGCCUGUGGACGUUGCCAGGAUAGCAAUUGUGAUAAUAUGUCACAGGAGCCAAUAUCAGAUGAAGAGGAACAAGACUGAUCUGAUUGGAAUUACUUCAAGAUAUGAUCCUAUUCCAACAUCUCAAGUUUCAUGAAAAUCGGAUGACAAAUGAACCAGUAAGAGCGGUGACGCCGUGUGUCACGGGCAAGAUGCGGUGACGCCGUGUCACGGACAAGAUGCAGUCAUGCCGUGUAUCACGGACAAGAUGCGGUGACGCCGUGUGUCACGUGGUAGACGCUAUACCCUCUGGACGACUCGUCGCCAGAGGAUAAUAUCAAUCACGAAUAAAACCUAUUUUA